UGGAUGGUUGGACUUGAAUCAGUCUUGAUGAAAGCGAGGUUUCCUUUUGAAUUCGACUAUCCCUCACCUUGUGGAGUGUUUGUCCCUCGAUGUGGACUAGGAGUUUUUGUUCGGACUCGCUUCCUCACGGUCUGCUUAGAAGUUUCCUGGGCACUCUCCUCAGACUCCUUGUCUCCUCCACCCUCGAUGUGGUCAGCUUCCUUUGGCAUGCUAGCUGAUCGGCAGAAUAUCAAAUACCAAGUCUGGUGACUAUAUUGUUUUCAAGGACGAUGAUGCUGUUAUGGGGCGCAAAUGACUUGGUAAUUGUAUGGUAUGUUGGGAUACAGUGUUCCUACAGUGAUGCGACAAUGCAGUCAGAAAAGAAAAUGAUGGACUCUUGUCAUCCUAAAGAUGUCAGGCGUGGCAGCUAGUGCGUGACGCCAAGAUAAGGUGGCGAUCGCCAACGCCACCAAAACCUCUUUACAAUCGUAUCUAUGGCAACGUCACUAACCUUAUAAGCAGAUGUCUCUUUGGAUUUAAAAUAGCUCCUACGUUAGCUCCAAUGAGACCCCGUUUUCGUAGCAACAACACAAAGCGGGUACGCGCUUAUUCCGUCAAGUCUGCCACUGUGACAUAAGUAUGUUCUCCGCAGCCACUCGACGUAUGUUAAUAUUGAGAUGUCGUUUCAUCCAGAACAAAAUAGAUUUAUGCGAUCGGCCUCCGUUUGACGUUGAGCACUUCCGGGUUUGGGUGUGGCUAUUAUGACGUCACGUUCGAGCCCCUGUUUACUUCUCGCUCGUCAUUUCCAGUCGGAUCUGAUAUAUUGAACAUAGCUAUUGUUAAUUCGUUUGUCAUUAAUGUAUUGUUUCACAUUCUGUACUCAUACCAAACAACGCUGCUGUCAAUUCAUAACUUUAUAUAACUGAAAAGCUGUAAUCACCUGCACUAUUAUUCAUACGUAUGCUUUUCUUGUAUUAUUAAAAGUGGCACCUAUUGAAAGAAGUGAACAAUUUAGUAAUUGCUGACAUGGAAAAGGCGUAGGAUUAAUAAGCUCUGCUUCUUCCUUCUUGGCCAUGUUGAAUUGUGAAACUAUAAACAUGAGAUGUACUUCAAAGUAACCUUGUGUUUGAAACAAACUAAAACCACUGCCAAUAAAUAACCUCAUCCUAAAACAAACUAUUCAAACGCAUCCUCAUGAAUAUAUAGGUUUAUUUAGAUUGAAUUCCAAACAAAACACUAUCAUUUACAUGUAAGCAAUUACAAACACACUGCAGGUACAUUUCACAAAUCUAUUCAUAACCAUCAUGAUUGUUUCUUUAGGACAGGGGUGUCCAAACUUUUUCCACAGAGGGCUGCAUUGUUGAAAAACCAAACAAUGCGGGUCGGCCACGACAAAGCUUUUCAUUUCAGCCUUAUCUCUUCCAUUGCGCUCUCUUACUCUGUUUUUCUCAUUUUGCUAAUUUUUUAGCUUUAAUUUUAUUUCUAUGGUCCAAUAAAAAACAAAACACAAAAAUGAACGAACCGCAAGUCACAAAUGAUCCCCCAGGCCGCACUUAGACUGAAGAGCUUGAUAACACAAGAAAGUGAAGCGGAAAACUACAGCACAUUAACAACAGAUUCACCAAAGUACUUAUUAAAUAUCUCUGGGUGGGAUUGGUAAAACAAUCUAAGUAGGCGCUUUCUCUCCUUGGGUGAGAUCUUUGUGUCCAGAUGAAUGCUGUGAAGCAAAGUCCAAAGUUCUUGAUUCGUUGUGUUAUUUGUACAGUCGGUGUAAGUCCUGCUGGAAACCAGACAGCCUAUGGAACAAAAAAAAAUGCCAAACUUGCCUUUCUCCAAAUGUUAACACGGACGAACAAUUUUUUGGGUGCUUCUCCUAUUCAUAAAACACACAUUUACCAGUAUCAUUGGGCUCUUCCCUGUGAGCAAGGCCAGCCAGUUUAGCACUCACUUCUUUGUGCAGGGUUCCAGGUAUCUGGUACAAAAAGAACAAAAGUGCAUAAAUGCUUUACAACAAAUAGGCACAAUUAGACAUGAUUGAACUUUUCAAUACCAAACCUUAAUUUAUCCUCUUCAGUAACAUCCUUACACAAAUAUGUUAUUUUAUAUUACUUUGCAUCAAUAUGAAUGGAUGUUUUGAGCAACUGUACAGUAUUUUGCAUGAAAAUGUAGAUGUAAAUAUUUGACCAUUGCUGCGCAAAAAUCUUCAUACUGUGUCCAUUUUCUUCAGUUAUAACGCUUGGUGAAAAUGCAUGCGUGUAUUCUGUCGGACUUUCUCUACCUUAAAGAUUUCCUUUAUGUUGCUGAGCAUGAAGACUAGCAUCAGAUCCUCCCUCUCCUUUGACAGUGCCUUGCUGUUAAGGAUAGCCCUGGAAAAAGAUGUCUUCACUACAAGUCGGUUUUCCUGCUACAUGUUUAACAUGAUAUUGUUCAUGUUAAAUAAAAAAAAAAAAAAAAGAAAAAAAAAAGAAAGAUCAGGGAUAAUGUGCUUUGCAUAAAACAUGAAAGGGUAUUAUAUAGUGGUACCUCGGUUAACGCCCGCCCUGGUUAGCGUGUUUCAAUUAACAUCCAAAAUGUACAGUCAUGGAGAAAAUGAUUAGACCACCCUUGUUUCUUUAGUUUCGUGUUCAUUUUAAUGCCUGAUACAACUAAAAGGUACCUUUAUUUGGACAAAUACAACAAUGACAAACACAGCUCAUAAGAGUUACAUGUUUUGGCAGUAAAAUGCUAUGGCUAUUCAUGUAAGAAGUGAUUUUGUUUAUCAAGAAAACCAUGGAGGUUGCUAGAGAUCGGCUCUUAAAUUAAACUAUACUGAGCUAUAUUUGUUAUCAUUAUAUUUGUCCAAACAAAUGUACCUUUAGUUGUACCAGGCAUUAAAAUGGAUCAAUAAACUGGAGAAACAAGGGUGGACUAAUCAUUUUUUCCAUGACCGUAGAGUUAAAAUUUUGACUUGGUUUGCGUUCGCCCACAGUCCCCUACUAACGAACAUCCGACGUGCGAACACUCGUAGAUACAAACACAAGCCGACUGGUCUAUAUUUUCAUGUGUUUUGCCUUAUAAGCCCAUAAUUAUUUAUAUUUAAGUCCAUAUUUCACAUGCUUGACCAGUAGAGGGCCCUGUGACACCCUCUAAUUGGACCAACAGGCGAUUAAGACCAGUGGGAGGAGACUGAAGAAAAGCUCAAUUUUAGCUGUACAUGCAACCCCGCACAGCUUGUGAUUAAAGUUUAUGAAGAGUUAAUAGGCCUGUUUAUAAUUCUACACCACCCACAGAACACUACCUCUUUUGGAAGACGACGACGAUUUGUCCUUUUUUCAAUAACUCCUCCUCCACCACCACCACCACCACCGACGUGUGCUCGACCACUCCUCUUCAAAGGGAGAGGCUACCCAGAGCGAUCUUGGCCAACUUCAAUAUGGAUUCUAGAGUUCUCUCACCCAAUGUCAUUGUCAGAGGAGCAGUAACUCCAGAAGGACAAUCUCUGUUAAACACCCCUUGUCAAUUAGAAAGUGGAGGAACCAUCUUACUGCAGUUGCUGGAAUUCAAAAUUGAUCUGCUUGAGGCUGUAGAGGAGCUGCACAUUCGAAGGGAUGCCGAAGGCUGGUAUGAAGAGCAGAUCAGUAAAGUUGUGUUGGAGAAACAGGAGCUGGAGUGGAAGAAGGAAUCUUUACAACAUCAAAUAGAAACAGCUACAAACCAGCAUGCACAGUCUGUCAUUGACAUCCAAAAGCAGUUCCAGGCCACAAUAAGACACACCGAGCAGGAGAAGGGGAGAUACCAGGCCAUCACAGAAUUAAAAGAGAAGGAGAUUCGCAACUUGAAAGAAGAAAUGAAGUCGCUUCAGCUACUGAAGUACAACUUGGAAAAGAAAACCAACGACCUGGAGCAGAAGAUAGCUUUGCAGAUUCAGUCAAAAGACAGUCACUUGAACCAGAUGAGAGAGGUGGAGAAACACUUCAAAGCUCUGUCAAGGCAGUGCACUACAGUUAAGAAGGCCCAUGAGAAACUGGAGCAAAAUGUUGAUGAGGCCAUGAGAAUAAAUAAGAAACUGACAGCUUCAAAUAAAGAACAUGAAGCGACCAUUGAGGCACUAAAAAAGGAGCUGGAGGAGGUGAACGCCAAGCUGAUCAAGGCAAAGUUGUCAUCAGUCCAACACGACAAGGCCUACAGGCCACCGACACACACAGAGCAGCAUCUACAGGAGCUGCGCCACUCGCUGAGCAUGGAAAAUGAAAUGAACAAGAGGCUAAGGGACGAGUAUGCAGCUGUACGGUCAGAGAAACAAGAGUUGAUGAAGUCAAUGCAGCACACUCAGCAGCUUUUGUUGUGCCAGACACAGACUGUGAGCAGACUAGAACUGCAGCUGCAGACACAGGAAGAGCAGUACAAGGUCUUCAAGCAGGAACAUGAACUGAUGCAGGAGAAAUGCAAGGCAAUGGAAGACAAGGUUGCCCAGCUGAUACAUGAGCAGCAAGAUUUUCAAACACUGAAAGAGGCACACGAUGACCUUCAACAGAAGCACACUGAACUGUCUGCACAAGUCAAAAUGCAAGUUCAUAAUAUACAUGAGAUGUUCCCCACUCUAGCAGAGGAAACCAGAGAGAGACCUCCUGAUGAACUUCAACCCAUCGCCAUGCAACACGUCUUUGGCAGCCAGCAGAACUCAGCUGUUUCUCAGAACAAAAUUCUGGACUGUCUGGAAGAUACAACAGCUAUGAACAAACUGGAUAGCGAAACAGGAGGACUCGAAGCCCCAAAUCCCCAUGUAAAGUCUCAAGCUGAGCUGCAAGAUCAAUGUCAGAAGUUAUUUUCCAUUCAGUCAACCAAAAAUCCUCUGGGACUCUCUGAAAAAACAAGCAGUGACGACAUCCUGUUGAAUAAACAAACAAGCAACUAUAACAGAAGUGAGAGGAUGUCUAAUCAAGUGUCAGACCUGACUUGUACUACUUUCCAUCAGGCUGGUUAUGAGUUGGCCAACAGUGAAAUCAGUGACACCAUCAGUGAAAGCUCAGUCAUUGGAAUAAACAAAUCAAACUCUGCCUGCAGGUCAAGCAAUGACUUUCAGACUGAAGACAGAAAGUUUGAUGAUAGGAGCGCAAGCAUGACCAGAGCAGACUAUUGUGGGAUAGAUAAAGCCAAUGAGGAAAGUAACAAUAGAGAGGAAAUGGAAAGAAAUACAAAUCAUCAGAGGAAGACUGAAGAUGUCCUAGAAAAUGUAUAUGCUGGAGAGCUGAGAGAAAUUCCCAAUUCCCAAACAGCAGAUAGAGUGAACAGUGAAGAGUGCUGUGGAAAGGGUGAACAUGAGUCCAAAACAGAAACAACAGAGUGCAUAGAUGGAGGGGAAGAGAAAGGAAAGACAGAAACACAGAUAGACACCCAGACGACCCAUGAUAAAAUGAGCAACACCCAAUCAGACACUGACUUCAUGGAGAAAAUAGUUGUCUGCGAGACAACCUGCUAUCAGAAGGACAUGGAGAAGGUUGCAUACAACAGUCCUAUGAGCACAAACAAAGGGCAGUUGCUUCAAGAUUUUAGCAGUCCCACAAACCAAAAUCUAAGUGGAUGUACUACAGUUAUGCAUAAGGUUCAAAACUUGUGUCAAGAUCAGGUUCAAACCAAUGCAGCCUCCAUCAAGUCAUCACCAAUUGCAGCUCAUCGAGUGGAAGAGAAAACCCCAGAGGACAGGAGAAUGGAUGAACCAACAGCUAAACUUUCUAACCCCCUGAUUCAGUCACUCGGCUCACUGACGAUUCCAACAUUGACAGAACCUGGUAAUAUUACCAGCGAUAUGACUCUCACAGAUGACAUGGAUGUUAUAGAUACAAAUGAUAAGUUUGGGAAAACCAUGGAUGACACCAAAAUAGUGUCCCAUAGUCAGAGUACCAUUGAGCAGGCAAAUAGACUGAUGGAGACGUGUGAGACUGCCUCUCACCUGGAAAUUGUAAUUUAUGAGAAGGGUUUGAAAAUGUCCAACCAAGAUAAUACAGCUGAUUCAAAGACAUCUGAAAGUGUUCUAUUAGAGUCAAUUCUGCUGAAAGGUGGCAAUGAUGAAUCGGUUGAGGCUGACGCCUCUAAAUGCCACAAAUUGGUUGUAAAAGAAACCCUUGGUGAUGUGAAGGAAUUGUCUCUACCUGAGACUUACAAAGACUGCGGUGGUGCUAUCAAAGAGACGGUUUUAUCUCCAGCUUCCACUGACUCCAUCUUGCAUCCAAAUGUUCAGAACUUCCCUGUGCCUGAGAAAAAUAUAUGCGGUCCUGUUGGGCUACUUGCAGAGUCUCCCUGCACAACGUUCUUUAAAAGCCAGCACAGUAAAGUACCCUUGGUGACUACCAGAGCCGCCGACUUGUUUAAUGCCUUCGGUGUCUCUGGAUACACAGCAUUUGCCAUGAGACCUCAGCUUGGAGAGCAGAGCGUUUUCAGAGAGAGCUACAGAGAGACGUCAACAGCAGAUGGGGGCAGAAUUUCCAUGUCCGUCCCGUCUUGUCCAGUAUCCAGCUUGUCCAGCACACAGCCUUGGCAGCUUCCUUCAGGGUCUAGUAGGCUUCCUGUGCCCAGUCUUAGUCCAAGGUCCGAGCACAAGUUUGAACCUUUGUGCUCUCAGGAAGAACAGUAUUCAUUCAGAUCCCAGAUAUAUAAAAUCGAACAGUUCCUCAAAACAGAAAGACUCCACCUGUCCAAACGACGGCGCACAGACAACUAAACUGCCAAAAAAGUUGGUAAUGCAUGCUUAAAUGUUCUGAAUGUUGUUUGCACCAGUUAUACAUCAUUUGGUAAAUUAUACACAGUUAUUAGCUCAGCAGUGGUCAUUCUUUCAGGAUUUUCAUUACAAAAUAUGAAGUUAAAUAUUACUGGUUUUGAAUACUGUUACUAAUAAUACUGUUAAACACUGUUGUUUUUGAUACCUAUUGUUAGCAUAUACACACUUGAAGCUUCUAGUGUUUGUUUUCAGUAAACCUGAUCGCUAAGAAAAAAUUCAUAAAAUGACAAUUUCAGAAAACUUGAUUGAGUUAUGUUUUCUAUUUUGUAUUUUGUUUUGGGAAAGAAAAAACAGUAUCUUUUACUAUUUUAUUUGAAGCUUGCCAUUAUUUCCACACAAACUGCUCAAAUGAAUAAACGGCAAAGGCCAGGCUCUGUUGCCAGUUGUAACAGUUAACAGUUAAUUAGCAUUCAGUUUUAAUGACCAAUGGUGGUUGCUUGUCUCAGAGGAGCUUUAACUGGUGACACCUUUACUCCAUGCCUUGUUGUUGCUGUUGCUGCAAUUACAACAUGACUGCUCAGAAACAAACUAUUAUGUAUUAACAUGAAUUAAGACUAAUUAGUACGACCUUGCUCAUUGUGAUUAACAAACAUCAAUUAGCAGACAUUAAGUUCAAUUAAAACAUUCUAAUUAGCCACUCAUUAAAUUUAUGUUCCCUUUGAGAGAAGAACAUAUGGUUCCUUACAAGCAUGAACCAGCUCAGCACAGACAAUUGGCCUGUAAUUAUGGGCUACUUGCUUCCAAUAUGCCUUGUGUCACUUCUGCUGAAUGUGUAAAGGCUGCAGACCUAACAUACUAAUAAUAAUUAAGGUGUCAGGAGCCAUACUAGGGUGAGCUGGACAGGGAUGCGUAUUUUAAUGUAUUUUGUAUUUUAUUGAUGUUCUUGGCUCAGACCUUUUUGUGUUUCCGUGUUCUGGAAAAAACGUAUAUCCAUAUUAUAAUAAUAUUCUGUUGUAUUAUUUUCAGAAUUUUCAGCAUAUGUGCUUCAAAAUAGCUAUUGAAAAGCCACCCAGGCAGCAAAUGGAAGCCCCACAAAGGUUUUAAUUUAUAUGGACGAUAUAUUAUCUACUUAAGCUAUUUAAAGAGCUACUUUAGUUUAAUCUAAAUUCCUAAUUGUCAUGUUAUUACGAGGGUUUAUGAAUGCAUGAAAAAUUUAAUUUGUUGUCUUGUAUUGUUGCUCUUACUUAUGUUUGUUCCAUGUUUGUAUGUGGAACUUUCUGUCUGCAAAGUGUAUUUGCUGCCAGAUCCAAAGUUGCUCCUUCCAACUCGAGACUCAUUCUGCUUGCUCAUUAAAAUUAAUGAUGCAUAUUUUGAUGGUUAGCACAAGGUCUCCGCAUGGUCCAUUUUUACACUUACUGCUAAUGAAUACAUCUGAAUGUUAAUGCACUCAUAAAGACAUCUGGUGCAUUUUAGUGGCGAUGCCCACCACUGCUGACCCUUAUCUUAAUUAGGUG